AUGUCAACAUUAUUUUCAUCGUUUGCGUAUCGCCUUUCGCAGGGUCGUUUCUAUGAGCGGGUAGCGGCAUCUGGAAGCGCAGAUUAUUUUGUUAAGGCUGUUGGUGAGAAUACUGAUGGUGAUAGCGAUAAAAAGGGACAUCAACCAGUCAUAUUAUCACCCGCAAAAAUGAAAUUAAAAGUUCGAAAGUGUCCAACAGAUGAUCUGGCAAUAACGAAUUGUGCUGUGGUUAAUGCAAAUACUUUCAAUGCGACUGGAACCAAGUUAGUUUAUUUAUUGUUAUUUAUUAUUGCUUAA